UCCCACCUCUUCCUAACAUGGAGCUGUCCCACAAGCCUCAACACAACCGAAAACUCUAAACCUCUGCUUAAUCCCUCAGACUCUUUAUAUAGGAAAUUACUGUAAUGGUCACGGAGACUGGCUGGCAUUAAUUCCACAGCUGUGCUCUAAAGUUGCAUUGCUGUGAGUGGAAGUAGUAACAUGCAUGUGUGUGUAUGUGUGACUUGAUCUGUCUGCGGGAGACAGAUAGAGAAAGAGAGGGAGAGAGAGGAGCAGGGACUUGGCAGAUCAGUGUUAGACAGCAUUGUCCCUGCAGGCUCGUCUGUUUGAACAUAGUGUAAGUGAGAGACAGCUGGUAUUGGCACAGAGAUGGCAACUGAAGGGGCUAGUGGCUUGCAAGUUCUGCUGUCUACACUACAGAGUUCAUAUGACAAAGACGUUAUCCUGAAUAUCAUCAGUGUGUUAAGUGAAUUGCUGUCUGCUGGAACACACCGGAGGAUUCAUUACAUGAUCUCUAAGGGUGGAACUGAAGCACUGCUCCAAACCUUCGUGAAUAUGGCAAGAUCGGAUCCUGUUGACUACAAAGUUAUUGUUCCCCUUCUCCGACUGUUGGUCAAGGUGGGACAGAGAGAUGAAAAAGUUGGAGAGAAGGCACAGAAAUUGGAAGCUACAGAUGUUAUUCUAAGUCUGACAAGGAAGAACAUCUCCAAAUAUGAGAAUCUCACCCCUUGUCUCAGUGCUCUACAGGUUUUUGCAUCUAAUGUUCCCACCGGAUACAUGCUGGGUAUCAAUGGAGCCUUGGAGUUGCUUUUUAAGGUCAUUACCCCUUACACCAAGAGGCAUACACAAACAAUCAAGGCGGCUAUAGAAGCACUCGCGGCCCUGCUAAAAUCAAAAUCAAACUGCAGAAGAGCUGUGAACAGGGGCUACGUCUCCAUCCUUCUCCAGUUCUAUCAAGACUGGCAUAGCUGCGAUUCCAAUAACAGUUUUGUCUCCAUUCGGAGAGGGCUUUUGCGAUGCUGUAAGCAUAUAACCAAUGUCCGGUCAGGCAGGGAAGCCUUCCUACAGGCCAGGGGAAUGGAAAUUCUAUUUGCUACAACACAGGAAUGCACUAAUUGCAGACAAUUGGAUUCCAUAGUGAGCUCUGCGGUCCAAGUUUUGAGAAAAUGCUGCCCAAAAUGCACACUCCCAUUGUCCACAAUAACCAGCACUUAUACUUUCCAUGUUCCCGGAAUAAGCAUGUCGGAACCUCCUACAAAGACAUAUUCCCAAGAAGAUGAAUCAGAGGAUGAAGAUACAGACAUGGAAAUUAAUCUUGGAAAUGAAAGCCAAGAGGAUGAUGAUUUGGAAACAGAUCUGAAUAAACUGAGGUCAAGACCCAAACCUGAUCGAACCGAUAAGGAAUUAGAACAAUAUAAAGCACUGUUUCCAGAACUCACUCAGAAUUUCCAGGAUCUGGUAUCUGAGCCUGAUGAAGGACUGACCUCAACAUGCAAUGUUUCAAGUCAGCCAUUUCCUUGCUCGUGUAACAUUAUACUAAAUCAGAGAAUCAAUGGACACAAAUGUGGAAAGAGAGGCCAACAUACAACUAGCGAAACAUCUCCAGCAUGUGCUUUGGAACCCCAAAACCUGAGAAACAACUCAAGUGGAGCAUACCAGUUGGAAAGGGAAUCAAUCAAUAAUUCUGACCCAUUAAGCUGCAACAAGAACCAUAAGAAAAAUAUAUCAGCUUCUGACUUUGUCAGCGUGGUUCAUGGGGAACCAAGUUCACUUCCACAUAAUAUUAAGUCAUUUCAAGUACCAAAGAGCGAUGGUGAUGAAUGUGAAAACCACAAAAUUGUAAACCAACUUUUGGAACAACACAAAGGAAACAUCCCAUUCCAUGAUCCUCACAUCUAUAUGGAUAAUGCAGAAAGGACUAAAUCAAUUCCAGAUUACAGAGUACUGGCGUUUCCAGAUUUUUGGGGUCACUGUUCACCACCUCACUCACAAAAGCUAGACACAAGGAAACUUGGUUCACUAAGGGACACAAUCUUUGAGGACAUUGAACGUUAUUUGAAGCCUGGUGACCUUCUCAACCGAGUUGUUUUUGACCUGAAUAACCCAAGUACAUCUGAAAGUUUAGAGAACAUCAACUCUUUAAAGUUCUUUUCCAAAUUUGAAUCCGGAAACCUACGCAAGGUGAUACAAGUGCGUGAGUUCGAAUAUGAUUUGAUCAUGAAUGCCGACGUUAAUACUAACCAGCAUCAUCAGUGGUUCUACUUUGAAGUCAGCUCAAUGAGAGCUAAUGUUCCUUAUCGCUUCAACGUCAUUAACUGUGAAAAGGUGAACAGCCAGUUUAAUUACGGUAUGCAACCAGUCAUGUAUUCCGUAACUAAUGCUCUUCACGGAAAGUCUUACUGGGUGAGAACUGGCUACAAUAUUUCUUACUACAAGAACCUAUUUUGCUAUCGGGCAUCUGAAGCAAGGAAAAGGCAAAGAUAUUACACAUUGACUUUCACUAUAAAGUUCCCACACUGUGAAGAUGUGUGUUACCUGGCUUAUCAUUAUCCAUACACUUACUCUACACUCAUGUCCCAUUUACAGCUAUUAGGCCAGAAGCAUGAUUCUAAGAAGGUAUUCUUCAAUCAGCAGAUAAUGUGUCAUACUUUGGGUGGGAAUCCGUGUCCAGUAGUCACCAUCACAGCAAAACCUUCCUCAAAAUGCCACAAAUACAUCCAGGACAUGUGUAAUCGCCAGUAUAUUGUCCUCACUGCACGUGUUCAUCCCGGGGAAAGUAAUGCCAGUUGGGUGAUGAAAGGAACCUUGGAAUUUUUAAUAAGCUCAGACCCCAUAGCAGAGAUCCUACGGGAACUGUUUAUCUUCAAGAUCAUCCCAAUGCUCAACCCAGAUGGUGUGAUCAAUGGAAAUCAUCGGUGUUCUCUUAAUGGUGAGGAUUUGAAUAGACAAUGGAUCUCUCCAAACUGCAAUCUGCAACCAACAAUCUACCACCUAAAAGGGCUAUUGUACUAUCUAAACAGCAUUAAUAAAACACCGCUGGUUUUCUGUGAUUACCAUGGCCAUUCACAGAGGAAAAAUGUAUUUUUUUAUGGCUGUAGCAUUAAGGAGACUCUCUGGCAGGCUGGCUGUGUUGUGGAUUCGUCUGUGCUCCUCGAGGAUGUUGGAUACAGAGCUUUACCAAAAAUCCUGGAUAAAAUUGCUCCUGUGUUCUCGAUGGCCAACAGCAGCUUUUUAGUGGAAAAGUCUCGUGAAUCGACAGCUCGAGUUGUGGUGUGGAAAGAGAUUGGGGUUUUGAGAAGUUAUACCAUGGAGAGCACGUACUGUGGAUUCAACCAGGGAUCAUAUAAGGGGAUGCAGGUUGGAACAAAGGAGCUGGAGGAAAUGGGAGCCAAAUUCUGCCUGGGACUUCUCAUCCUGCAAACCAAGUCGGUCUUCCAUCCCACCCUCCCUCCACAGGUGGUGGCUUUGCUGGAAGCAGAGAAACACAGCGCAGAGUAUCAGAGGACAAGCAGCUCUGAAACUGACGAUGAGCCCCCAUGCUCUGAAGAAAUUGAUUAUAAUACUGACAGUUGCUCUGACGAUGAAACAGAAAGCACCAAUGUGGACAUGAAUACAAAAGAGAGAACUUCGCAGGAGAACAUUGCGUCAAAGAAUUAUGAGGCACCUAAUUCUGAAGAGAAUUUUACCUCUCUGUAUAACAGUUCCAAGGGACUCCCCUUUCCUUCAAAACAACGUGGCUGCUCACCCGAGGUGAAUUUGCCACAUGGUGACCAGAGCUAUGACCUCUCCAACAAUACACCUAUGGAUCAUUGUCUCUAG